AUGGUUUGCCGAAUCGGACGAACGUUCGGAUCGGACGAAUUUGGGGACUCUGUAAAAUUUACUAAGGAACUACCACGAGAGUGGGACACGUCGCGUGCUACGCUCAUCGUCGUCGACGAUCACAUGACCGACGCCGGUUCCUUGAAGGAGUACGGAUUCGACCCCUACUACAAUAAAAACAAGGCGUCCGACGAUACAAAUGACUUUCACUAUUCGCUCCUCUCUCCAGAGGUAGACGAAGAGGAAGCGGAAAGGGUCGUCUCGGAAUUAAAGAAGGUUAUUUCAUGGGAUCAUGAGGAUUGCGUCUCCGUGUCGGGCAAGCCCAUCAGUCUCGAAUCUAUUGCGCCUGAUUUCUCUGCCCAAAUCUCGCGAGCCUCAGCAGCAGCAAGCCUCCAUUGCGUGGACGACUUAUGGAGGGAUAUGAGAAACCAGAGGGUGGUUGGGGGAGUGGACCGCUACAGAAAAGCGCGUCACAUGAGCAAAAACAAGGCUCUCGCCAUUCUCAGAAAGCUGGACGCCUACACGCUGUCUGGAUUUGGGGCUCUUAUCUUGUUGAAGAGCAUUCUUCGCGGUGCACGUGUGGGAACGACUGUUCUUGGACUGCAAGGGUACCUUCAGGAAAUGACAAGCACCGAUGAUAUCUUGACAACAUUCGGACCAUGGCACUUCUGGAUAUUUGCCUUUGUGCUCAUUCGAGGAGUUCCUUCAGCAUACUUCUCAAUGGGAAUCACCUUCAUGGCGCCCUCUAUAGACCAUUGGUGCGCUAAACCGAAGAGCCUCGGUAACUGGACCACGGAGGAAUGGCGAGCAUACGGCAUCCCUCACGAAGAUGCAGGUGAAGGGGCCCUUGCGCCAAGCCACUGCAACAUGUACCUCGUAGAAGACAUCAAUGGUAGCGUAAUUUUAUUGAAGAAUACCACCGUGCCCUGCUCGUCGUGGGAGUAUGAUGUUGGGAAUUAUAUACACACCCUAACAAAUCAGUUUGACCUGGUCUGCAAUCGUGUAUGGCUGCGCGCGGCUUCCCAGAGCUUCUACAUGGCUGGUCUCAUGGUAGGCAGCUUCGUCUUCGCUCAUGUCUCCGACUGGUACGGCAGGAAACGAGCCAUAGCAUUUAUGAUUCCCAUUACUGUCGCUGCUGGUUUCAUUUCGGCAUUCUCAUCGUCGUUUAUGAUGUACAACAUUGGCCGAAUGCUGUCAUCUUUCGCACUUGGUGGAAUUUACAACACCAGUUAUACGUACGUGAUCGAAUGCGUGGGAGCGAAACACCGCGCAGUCGGCGCUUUCAUUUCGGGGACCGGUUGGACCUCUGGACUGUUAACCCUGGUAGCUUUCGCCUGGUAUUUGAGGAACUGGAUCCAUCUUCAGAUCGCCAUCUCGCUCUGCAUGCUCGUAGUUGGAGCCCUGUGGCUCGGAAUACCAGAAUCCCCACGGUGGCUUCUAGCAGCCGGAAAACACGAACAAGCCAGACAUAUUCUGGAAGAUGCUGCGAAGAAGAACAAAAUUCAAGGAGUGUCCGUUGACAACGUCAUCGCUGAAUAUCAAGAAAAGAAGGCUCAAGAGAACCUCACCGAGAAACCAACCUUCGUUCACCUGUUCGGUACGGCUCACCUCUGCAGAACGACAGUCGUGGUUUGUGCUGUGUCCAUAGCGCACACCAUGUUGUACUACAACGUCACCUACGCCAGCAUAAAUCUGGGCACAAAUCCUUACCUAAGCUUUGCCAUCGUCGCAGCUAUGGAGUACCCCAGCCGGAUAUUGGCAGUACCUCUCGUCAAGUACAUGCGUCGCAGAAGAGCAUACGUAUUGACCUUCUCGUUAGCAGCCAUUUGUUCAGCUGCUAUCGCUUUCGUACCCAAAGAGUCGUGGUGGCUGCAGCUUUCUCUGGCUGUGCUCGGUAAAUUAGGCAUUUCCUGCGGAGGAACAGUCCAGAGUGUGCAGGUCUCUGAGCUGUACCCUACCAGAAUGCGAACCCUAGCACUAGGGUUCAGCAUCUCAACUGGUCGUGUCGGAGCCAUACUGUCUCCAUUCACAAACGAGUUGGGCAUUAUUUUCUACCCGUGGGUACCAAGAGCCGUGGACGCCGCAACAGGUGUGAUCUUAGUGCUGUUAUCUGUGACGCUUCCCGAAACGCUGAACAUUGAACUGCCGGACACUUUGAAAGACAUCAAGACCGGGAGCAACUACGACGCGGUUGCAUUGGAGGAACGGGAUACGCUGAAGAAGACAGAUCUGACGUGAUUGCUUGUAAAUGGAAGAAAGUGCAUCGCUUUAUUGAUGGAAUUGAUAAUCGUUAGAAUUGGUGGCCCUUACGGGAUUGUAAAGCGUACACUUAAAUGUGUUCCAUUGCAUGAUGCAUGCAUUGUACUAUGCGUCAGAGUAUUGAGAGAGAGAGAGAGAGAGAAAAAAAAACAUGAAUCAUCUUUCUACGCGUUGUAGUCAGUGAGAUAGAAAUCCUCGAAAAAACAUUCCGUUCAAGCUGUUCGCUGCGAGAUCGAGGUACAGGUGACGACAACGUUACCUUUCUAGUGCGCAUAACACGCCGGCCGAUGUUCGGCUUUGAUGUUUCUUUUCCGUAAUUCUUGUGUAUACUCAUCGGAAGAUCACUUGUAGCGCGAUGGUACGAUACUGUUCGGCUCCCCAAUGCCCCACCCACUGUACUGAAGGCCGAAUAAACGUGUAAAGCAGA